AUGGUGAUAUGCACUCAAAAUGUCCAUUCGGGAGAGCUUGUAGACUCUUAUUAUGGAACAAAAGUACCACCAUCCUCAGUGUGCAAGUCAUGUGCAUUCAUAGUACCUCACGAGGGCACAAGUCUCCGGACGCAGUCAGGAGAUCAAACUUACAUUAGCACGCAGCAUCCAUCUUCACAACCCAGAUAUGCAGCUCUACGUCAAACGAUUAUGCGAGUCUUCACAAUUGAAUCCAAUCAUGAUAUUAAUAAACCUUUGAGCUUUGGGGAUUCUAAGAACGGAUAUUCUGUGAGUCUGGGCUUCAAGCUUAUAGAUGAUACCGCAAGGGGGUCGGAAAGACGAUAUUCGCUUAUUUUCACCAGCGACAGUGAGCAGAAAUUGUACGAAAACUACUCUGUUAUACUUGAUCAGCUGACUGCCAUGGUCCAUUUUAUAACGUCAAGAUCGAUGCACAUCAUCGAUAGCCGUCGCAAGAACGAAAAUAAUAAUGAGACAUACCUGCGUAGGGGGUCUCGGAUGCCUAAAAACAGAAGCAUCAUGGACUUGUUGCAGGAUGACAAGUUUUUUGUAAAACUACACUUGUGGGCUUCAUCAUUACUUGACCAAUUAAUAGUAUAA